UUGAUAUUUGUUUAUUUUCAGAUACCUCAUCACCAAACCCAUCCUUUCCUGGUCCACAACAGAAAGCAGCCCCAAUAACAUCCACGACUAAUGUGAUAUCCACAGAAAAUGUUGGUGGAGUUAAAAUAAACCUAACGAUUGGUUCAAUUACUAAUGUAUCUGUUGAUGUCAUCGUUAACAGCACCAAUGAACAUCUCCAGCUUGACAAAGGGUCUAUCUCCAAAUUUAUUCUCAAUGCUGCUGGUCCCCAGAUACAAAGCGAAUGUAACCAGAAAUAUCCUCAAGGUAUUUCUGCAUCUGAAAUAGCCAUCACUAAAGGAUACAACCUCAAGUGUAAGAAUGUAUUCAUCUGGCAUUACGCUUUUGGAAUGAAGAUUCCCCCGAUUCAAUUCUGGCAAACUUGACUCAAAUAAUAACCAUUUGUCUGGAAAAAGCUGAGGAAUUGGGAGCAAAAAGCCUUGCAUUUCCUACAUUAGGAGGUGGAAAAUUGAGGUACCCCAUUGAAGAAUUACCCGGAAUUAUGUAUGAAGCCGUGAAAAACUACUCAAUUCAAAAUACAAGCCGGAUCAAAGUUGUAAACUUUGUGGUUUAUCCUCAAGACACAGAAAUAGUAACGAAAUUUAAAGAAUAUUUCCAAGAAAUUUCAACAGAUGGUUCAACUGCAUCAUCAGCUUCAACCAAGUCUCAACCAGGGAAGUCACAGAAGAAAAAAUUUAGGCAUCGAAAUGUGAAAAAAGAAUCGGUCCCUGAUACAUGGUCACCAAUGGGAGACGAGGAAUUAUUUAAAAUUGUUCCAGUCACAAAUGGACCAGAAUAUGAUGACAUCCAGGCCACUUUCCGUCAGAAUUUGCCUUCCUAUCGUAUAAUCAAAAUUGAGAGAAUUCAAAAUAAAACAUUGUACCAUGGAUACCAAGUAUUGAAAAGAAAGUUUGAGGCAGAAAAUCCAAACAUUACAAAUGAAGUUGAUGGCCUUUGGCAUGGUACUGCUGAAGGAGCUGUUCGUGGAAUAAAUAAAUCAGGAUUCAACCGUAGCUAUUGUGGUAAAAAUGCCACACUAUUUGGUGAAGGUGUUUAUUUUGCCAAAGACAUCCAAUAUUCUGCAAGUGAUGCCUAUUCUACUCCUGACCAUCUCAGAAUAAAGAGAAUAUACCAAUGCAGUGUUCUUGUGGGAAAAGUGAUGCGAGGACAAAACGGAUUGAAAGUUUUACAGGAAUCUUACAAUUCUGCUGUUGAUAAUAUUCAAAGACCCAAAAUUUAUGUUAUUUUCCAUGACUCUCAAGCAUAUCCUAAUUAUUUGAUUACAUUCUCUAAUCAGUGAAUAUAAUUGGAAUUCAUAAAACACAUAUAAUGUGAACAGGAAUAUAUUUAACAGAAGAAAAACAAAGAAAAUACA